AUGUCAGUGCUUGUUAAUGGUAGCCCCACGAAGGAGUUUAUGGUGGAGAAAGGUUUAAGGCAAGGUGACCCGCUUUCUCCAUUUCUCUUUGUAAUUGUAACAGAGGGUUUGGAGGGGUUAGUUUCUAAAGCGGUGGAGGUUGGGGAAUAUGUUGGUUUCAACAUAAGGAGAGCUUGUGAAGGGAGUUGGAAGCAAGUGUGGGUUAUUAAGGCUAUUCUAAGAGGUUUCGAGAUGGUUUCGGGUCCAGGGAUCAAUUUUCAUAAAAGAAAAUUUAUUGGUAUUAACAUUAGUGAUAAUUUUAUGGAUAUCAUCGCUAAUUUCUUGUCUUGUAGGAGGGAGGAGGAUCAUUUCAUUUUCCUUGGCAUUCCUAUAGGAUCCUAUCCUAGGAGGAUCUCUACAUGGAAUGUUAUUUUUAGUAAGAUUAAAUCACGGCUUCUAGAUUGGAAAGUUCGUUUGUUAAGUUUUGGUGGAAGGCUUACUCUUCUAAAAUCCAUUCUUUGUAGUCUUUCCAUUUUUAUGUUCUCAUUUUACAAGGCGCCUAAGAAGGUUUUAAAGGAGAUUACAAGGUUGCAAAGCAAUUUUCUUUGGGGAGGGGCGGGGGAGAGAAAGAAAAUGCAUUGGUUAAGUUGGAGGACUAUUUGUCUAACUAUUGAAAAGGGUGGUUUGGGUAUACGAAGAGUUAGGGAUUUCAAUCUUGCUCUCCUUCAUUAA